UUUUCGUUGAACGUACGCCGGUACACCGUCGACGACGAACGACAUGGCCCGACGACGCCGGAUCUCCGUCGCGACGAUCGCCCUCUGCUGCUGCUGCUGCCUCAUCUCGCUGGCGAACGCAACGUUCGGCGUCAAGCCCGACGACAAUCCCGACAUCGAGCUCACGACGCCGGAAUUGGUGGUGAAAUACGGAUAUCCCUUGGAGAUUCACGAUAUCGUUACGAAGGACGGCUACGCGCUUCAGCUGCAUCGAAUACCGCGCGGCCGGGACGACGAGGAGGAGACGAAGUCCAGGAUAAGGACGCCGAUACUCUUGGUGCACGGUCUGGCAAGCAGCUCCGCCGAUUGGGUCCUUAUGGGGCCUGAAAAGUCCUUAGCGUACAUAUUAGCCGAUGCGGGCUACGACGUGUGGCUCGGAAAUAACAGGGGCAACAUCUACUCGAGGAACCACACCUCGUUGUCGCCGAAUGAUCGAGCUUUUUGGAAUUUCAGUUACCACGAGCUUGGCAUCUACGAUCUUCCCGCGAUGAUCGACUGUAUUUUAUACACGACGGGACACGAGAGGCUCUAUUACGUCGGUCAUUCGGAAGGUAGCACGCAGUUCUUGGUGAUGGCGUCGGAAAUGCCCGAGUACAAUUCGAAGAUUAUCCUGAUGAUCGGUCUGGCGCCCGCGGCGUUCAGCGGCAACCUACGCGGACCGAUUAGGAAACUCGCCAAGUUGACGUACUUCGGCGUGUGGGUCGGCGAAACUUUCGGCUACCCGGAAUUCCGCUCGCGGUCCGAUUGGGCGAAAUUCGUAUCGAACCUAUUCUGCCAGAAAGCGGCGUCCACGCAAUUCAUUUGCAGCAAUAUCCUGUUUAUGGUCACGGGAUUCAGUCGUGCGGAAUUAAAUACAGAGUACCUGACGGUCAUCAUAGGCCACGUGCCCGCAGGGGCUUCCUGGAAACAAUUCGUGCAUUACGGUCAAGGAUAUAUUAAUGCAGGACGCUUCAGACAGUACGACUACGGCAACGAGAAGAAUCUUCGGGUAUACAAUUCAACGACGCCGCCGGAUUACCAGCUGGAAAAAAUCACGACGCCGAUCGCUCUUUUCAGUAGCGACAACGAUUGGCUAGCAAAUGCGAAGGACGUGGACCUCUUGUCUACGAAACUCAACAGCGUCGUGUUUCACUGCAAGACUCCCGCCAACAGCACCUUCAAUCACUACGACUUCAUAUGGGGAAAGUCCUCUCCGCAAAUGGUGUCAUGGCCUAUUCUGCGACUGCUGGCCCAGUAUCAAUAGCCUUUUUUGGGGAUUAAAAAAAAAGGGGGGACAUACCCUUUCUGAAAGACAGAAAGUUACAAGUGCGUAUAAUGAAUCGGUCUAAUUUAUUGUUGUUAUAUUAUUAGUAUUAUCAUCAUAUAAUACGUUUGCGUUUACAUUAUAUAUAUAGUCCGUACUAUGUUUAACUUCACUCCCGCCUCCGUCAGAUUGCAUAGCGCUCUGCAUUCAAAAUUCACCUGCGUCGAACUAACGUUAAAACGUAACUUAUAUAUAUGUGUA